AUGGACACGCAUAUGGUUAGUGAGGCCUUUCUUGGUUGCGAAUGCCUUGAUGCAUUCGUCGCACUUGAAGGGCUCAAUUACUUCAUCGAUUUGCUCUUCGCCCGAUAUGACCAUCUGAUCGUCGAGCAUCUGCAGCUCGUCCCCUCGGCCUCCAGUAGUUCCUCGUCCUCCUCGGGUUCGGCCUCGGCCUCAAUCUCUUCCUCCUCCACCUGCUUCAGCCUCAUUGGCGCCGUUGCCGCCCAGCAGCUCGUUCACAACAUACUCUUGAUUGGCGGAGGCAGCGGUAGCGGCAGCACUGUUGCUUUCUUUAGCUCCAGUUCAAGUUCAAGCUCCAGCAAUCUGCUCGGCGUGUACAUUGAACGCGGUCCCGAAUCGGCCGUGGCGCCCAAGGGUGACGAGGUUGUGUUCGAGUGCGAAAUGAACCUGAAGCCGGAUCGACUCGAGUGGCGCUUCCGCUAUAGCACAACGGAAGCUUAUCGCUAUCUGCGCACCGCCGCCGGUUACAAUGUGACGAGCAACAACGAGGAGCGCACCUGGAAGCUGCGCAUCUAUGUGAGUGCGCAGACCGUGGGCGACUAUCAGUGUGUGGCCUGGUAUGGUCCGGGUGCAAUUGCCUCGACUCCUGGUCGCCUGACGCUCGUCUCCAUUGCCGUGGACAAUGCGAACGGGAAUGGGAAUGGAUACAGUCGGCAUGCGGUGCGAUGGAGUGUGGCGCCCAAGAACUGUGUGCUGUUGCGUUGCGGCUCGGUCAGCUCACAGCCGCCGCCCAUUUGGAGUUUCUAUCGCAACGGCGAGAAGUUGCCGCAGUCCGAGCUGCUCUCAGGCGCUGUUGGCGCUUUGGUGCUCAACUCUGUGAGCGCCAAGGAUGCGGGCAAUUAUACGUGCGCGGCCACAAAUGUGAUUACGGGCGAGGAGUUGCGUCUGCCGCAGGUGAUUGAUUUGCGUGUCGAUUACACGGAUCGUACACCGCCGUAUUUCCUGCUCCAACAGCCGGCCACACAGCUUGCCGCUCGUCCCGGCGAGACGGUGGUGCUCGAGUGUCCGGGCGUUGGUUCGCCGCGUCCCAGCGCCUUGUGAGUGACAAAUCCCUUAAUGAUGUGGCAUAAGUCUAGGAUACCUAGACUUUGGGUUUAUCUUUAUUGAGGUAGUGAAUAUCUAAAGUAACCUACAUUUAAGCUUUUGGUUUGGUAUUUUAAUCUGUGCAUUUAGCAUUC